AUGUUUAGUGCCUCUGCGGGUGUGGUCCUCAAUGCCCCGCAGAUGCAAAGACUGGUCAUUCUUUGUACAUGUACGAUUGUACCAGUACCAGUACCAGUACCAGUACCAGUACCAGUGCCAGUACCAGUACCAGUACCAGUACCAGUACCAGUACCAGUACCAGUACCAGUACCAGUACCAGUAGCAGUACCAGUACCAGUAACAGUACCAGUACCAGUACCAGUACCAGUACCAGUACCAGUGCCAGUACCAGUACCAGUAUCAGUACCAGUACCAGCACAAGUACCAGUACCAGUAAAUACGUAA